CACACUGUAAACACUCUGAAUCUCUUCACCCUCCGCACGAGAACUGUCCACACAAUGCUGCGACAACCGGCCGUGACAACCGUUCAUAUUAGACAGACUUGAAAAACACUUGCUGCUGUUUUAUUUUUGACACAGUCCGCGACGCAUGAUCUGAACUCGGAUAUCAAAACAUGGAGCUGCCUUACCAGCGUUCAAACCAACAAUGCUAACCUUAGCACUAGCUAGCACCCUACAAGGCUUUGGUGUUUGAAAUGAAGCGGAACUGAGUGUUGCUGUCAUCUUGUUGUCUUGAUACCCGUGUUAUUGGUUGCAUUACUGACAGCUUGGCAUUUGUCACGGAUGUCAAUUGGACGAGGAACGAGUCUUCAUUUAAUGUAAACAUCCCACUGUCUCUUUAGCCUGUCAGCUAGCAGCUGCUGUUAUUGUUUGUCACUACUAGUAGUGGCACCGUUAAGCUAGCCAGCUUGCUAUCCGAGUAUUUGUUGCUGAAUGGGGUGGAGUUUUUAUUAGUAUUGCCGCACAGGCUAGAAUAACGUGAGGAAUUAGUUGUCAGUUCAGGAAGACGGUGGCAGACAAAAUGUUGUUGAGGAGUUGCUGGAAAUCUCGACAUAAAAACAGCUCUGGACCUUGUUGGAUUCAACCCGGAUUGGCAGCCCUGCUCUGGUUAUGUGUGACCCAGUUAGGUUGCGGCAGUGGUGCGGUGGGGGAGACCAAAAGUGUGGUCCAGAAAGAUGCAGAGUUUGAUGUCACCUAUAAUGACACGGUUACAAGUGAAAACCAGACCAUCUAUGCUUUCAAUCACACAGUCUCCAGGAAUAGGACAGAGGGAGUGCGUGUGUCUGUGGAUGUGUUGUCACAGGGUUUUGAGAGUCCUAUCCUGUUUGUGGUAAGGCAGAAGCAAGCUGUGCUGUCAUUCCAAGUCCCACUCAUCCUAAGAGGCCUCUACCAGAGGAAGUACCCUUACAAUCAUGUGGGCCGCACAUUGUGCCAGCCUCCGACCCGGGCUUUAUCUGAAACCCAGUACUUUUUUGUGGAUGUGUCUACCUUGUCAAGCCAGGGUACGAACUACCAGCUCAGGGUCAGCCGCGUUGAAAGCUUCACCCUUCAGACAGACAAGAAAUUCAGCUUCACCGCAUCACCAUCCCAACCUCAGUACUUCAAGUAUGUCUUUCCAGACGGGGUGGACACUGUGAUCGUGAAGGUCAACUCAGACAUGAAUUUCCCCUGCUCCGUGAUGUCUAUUCAGGACAUCCAGUGCCCUGUCUAUGACCUUGACAACAAUGUGGCCUUCAUUGGGAUGUACCAGACGAUGACCAAAAAAGGUGCCAUCACUGUGCAGAGGAAAGAUUUUCCCAGCAACAGUUUCUAUGUGGUAGUGGUGGUAAAAACAGAGGAUGAGGCAUGUGGCGGUCCACUGCGCUUCUACCCUCUGCGACCUGAUGAGCUGAUUGAUGCCGGCAACCGCAGCAAGAUUCUUGAUGUGGUAGUCACCCCUGCUAUUAACUCAAAGGUGUAUGUGAUGGGCAUGCUGUUCUGUCUGGGUAUCUUCUUCUCCUUCUACCUGCUCACCUUCCUGGUGGCCUGUCUGGACAACAAGCGAGUGAAUAAGAAAAGGGAGCUGUUUCCGAAUCCUGCGGACAUGUCGCCUGCUGAGACAGCCUCUCUGCUUGGGAAGAACGGAGAUGGCAAGACUCCAGCCUCACCGUAUGAAUAUGGCUCCUUUGCUGACAACGGCAGCACUCUGAGCUCUGAGGCCAUCACUGACAGUGCCACCUCAACUGACAACAACUACGGAUACAUGGGACAGGAGCCUUUCAAACGUCGACCAAUCCUCAAUCACCUUCACCACAUAGCCGUCCGCAUCGAGCGAUCGUUGGACAGUGUUGGCCGAAGCAGGCAGGAGUCUCUUAGCUCCGUGGAGGAGGAUGACUACGACACGCUGGAUGACAUCAACUCAGACAAAAACAUUGUCCGCACCAAGAAAUUUCUGUGUGUGUCUGACCUGGCUCGAAAAGACAAGAGGGUCCUCAGCAAGAAAUACCAAAUUUACUUCUGGAACAUUUCUACCAUUGCUGUGUUCUACGCCCUGCCAGUCAUCCAGCUGGUCAUCACCUAUCAAACGGUCGUCAAUGUCACAGGAAACCAGGACAUUUGCUACUACAACUUCCUGUGUGCCCACCCCCUGGGAGCUCUAAGUGCAUUCAACAACAUACUCAGUAACCUUGGUUACGUGAUGCUGGGACUCCUCUUUCUCCUUAUUGUCCUCAAGAGAGAUAUUGUCCAUAAUCGAGCCAUGGUCCGCAAUGAUCUCAACGCGCUGGAAUGUGGUAUCCCAAAGCACUUUGGACUGUUUUAUGCCAUGGGAACUGCUCUGAUGAUGGAGGGCUUGCUCAGUGCCUGCUACCACGUCUGUCCAAACUACACCAACUUCCAGUUUGACACUUCAUUCAUGUACAUGAUUGCUGGGCUGUGCAUGUUGAAGCUGUAUCAGAAGAGACACCCAGACAUCAAUGCAAGUGCUUACACUGCCUACGCCUGCCUGGCUGCAGUCAUCUUCUUCUCUGUGCUGGGAGUGGUGUUUGGGAAAGGAAACACAGUCUUCUGGAUCAUUUUCUCAGUGAUCCACAUCCUGGCCACUCUCCUCCUCAGCACGCAGCUCUACUACAUGGGCCGAUGGAGGCUGGACUCUGGGGUCCUGCGCAGGAUGGUGUACAUCAUCUACACAGAUUCCAUCAGACAGUGCAGUGGACCUAUGUACAUCGAUCGUAUGGUUCUGCUUGUGAUGGGGAACAUAGUCAACUGGUCUCUAGCUGCCUAUGGCCUCAUAGAGAGACCUAAUGACUUCGCCUCUUACCUGUUGGCCAUCGCCAUCUGCAACCUGCUGCUCUACUUUGCCUUCUACAUCAUCAUGAAGCUGCGGAGUGGUGAGAGAAUCAAGUGUCUGGCGUUGGUGUGUAUUCUCUUCACGGCUGUGGUGUGGGGAUUUGCACUGUAUUUCUUCUUCCAGGGUCUGAGCACCUGGCAGAAAACACCAGCAGAGUCCCGUGAGCACAACAGGGACUGUAUCCUGCUUUUAUUCUUUGACGACCAUGACAUCUGGCACUUUCUCUCCUCCAUCGCCAUGUUCGGAUCCUUCCUGGUCCUCCUGACUAUGGACGACGACCUCGACACCGUCCAGAGAGACAAGAUCUACGUCUUCUAGCUUCGUCAGAUCUUCUGUGAUGAGCUCUGCUCUUCCUCUCUGCCUUACCGCCCUCUCCGUUUGCAUCUCCUUCAUAUUCUCAAAGAGCACAGCCAGUAGCCUGUUUUUCCCCAGGCUGUCGAUGGGCGCGUCUCCGUAGCCAAUCAGCCAGUCAGGGAAGGGCUGCCGCCCCUCCCCUCCACUUGCAUGGACACUAAUGUGCCAACGAAGAGCUGGAUCAACGUUGAGUGAUGCUGAAGUGUUUCGUCCUCUCGCUGCCACCGUCGAUAUAACUGUUGUAAUCGAUGUUUACUAACUGCUGACAAUGAAGAAAACUAUCUACACACUGAAAAAAAAAAAGAACCCAUCCAAAAUAACUUAUUUUAUACUGUCUGCAUUACAUUUGACCUGCAAGUCAACAAUGCAUUUUGAAAUUACUGUUUGUAUGCUGUUUAUAUGCUGUGUGUGUGUGUGUGUGAGUGUGUGUGUUUACAGACAUAAAGGUGAGAACAUGAAUCCUGUCCAGUCUGUCAGUGGCCUUUUAAUGUUCUAAUCAUGUUAGUCACAUACUGUGCUGAUUGCUCAGUUCCUCGAGAUAGCCGUCCUUCUCAUUGGAGAAUAUCGAUGAUGAUUGUAUUUAAUUCUCGACUGCCCUCAAGUCUCGACUGCGAACGUAUUUUUUGCACUGUACUGUAUGAAAAAAGGAUUUUAAUGUCAAAUGUUGCAAUCAGCAGUUACUGAAUAAAGGUCUCAUUUUCA